AUGUUCCUUUGUGCAUGUUCGAACUUCACGGUGGCACAGGUGGCGGAGGCGGUGUGGGAGGCGGUGACGGGGCGCCCUUGGACCAAGGUGACUUCCUCCGCAGCCACGGGCACGACUCCCGCAGGAAGUGCAGGACGCGCUGACGACAGCCAUAACAGGUCGUCUGCGUCAUACAGUCCGGCAGCAGCGACAAUGGCGAGUCCACUUCCAGCGUCAGCCCUCGUGAGCGCCUCUCCGCAUAGAAGUCAAGGGUCAGGGCGCAAGACGAAGGUGGGUCACGGCGGCGCAGAAGGGGUCAGGAACGGCGACCUGCGCGGCGGGGUCGUGCGAGGCAAAUUCGACGACGAAGUUCCGGAUCCUCAGGUCGCCAGGCGACGUCCGAAGGCCGGCGUGGAGCCAGCGGGCGAGGCUUCGAGCACGCUUCCGCCGCUCUCCGGCGUCGCCCCGGACGAACUCUUCCAGACGCCGCAGGAAAAGCGGAAGGCAGAGCUGCAGCGCGUUGUGGACCUUCUACAGCAGCUGAAGGAGACGCAGAGGAACUCGAUGGAGCUGCCAGAUCUGGUGCAGCAGUUACUCCUUCGCAGCGGUGCAUUAGGCGGCCCGACGGCAGCGCGCGAAACGGCCAAGCUCUCUAAGUGCCGCUCAUUCACGGAGGGUACGGACGCCGGGCGGCAGGAGGAUCGUCACAACGCGCUCGCCGCUCGGCUUCGGCUACUCGAGUACUCAGCGGAGUGCCCAACGAUCCACAGCCUCAUCUCGAGCCACGCCCAAAUGCCCGCCAGGGACACCGGCCUCCCACUCGACGUCAACCUACCCCCGGCCGCCCACGCUACCGCCGGCAGCAACAGCAGCGGUGCCGCAGUGAGCGCUGCCUCCCAGCAGGAGAUGGCAGCAGUAGAAGUGUCCCCAUCCUGCUCUCCGGGAACGAUGAGGCGCCGACCGGCCUCCCUCAACCGCACCUGUUCGGCCAGCCUGCGCUCCGUCGACAGGGCGCAGACGGCCCGACAGGAGAGGCAGAAGGAGCCCGCCAGCCGCCCGACCCUCAGAGCCACGCAGUCUUUUUCACAUAUCUCGCACGUUGCAUUGGCGGCUGCAAUCAUGCAACGAGCAGCAUCCGACGCCAGGAAGAGAGGACGUAGGGAUGCCCAGCCACCACACCCGGAAACCGUCCCUCAUACACGAGCCAGCCUUAAGAAUACGGCGGAGAGUCUAGUGUGAAGGAGGCGGAGGGGAGGGGGAAGGUUACGCGACGGGGGCGGGGUGGGGGA